UUCGCGACGAAUCAGUUCCCUAUCGCAAGAUGAUGAAGUCAACACGCACGGUGCUAAUCACGCUGACCGUUGUGGCUUUAGCAGGGUUUACCGCAGGUCAGAAGGAGAUUUCGGAGCUACCGGAAGUGAAAGGCUACAAAUUGCAAUGCAUCGAGUCCAGUGGCAUUACGGAGGCUUCAGCGAAGAAACUGGCCUCGGGAGAACCCAUUGAAGAAGCGGAUCAACCGACAAAGUGUUUCGUGCAGUGUUUCUUCCAGAAGCUUCGGCUCAUGGACGAACAAGGUGUCGUGCAGAAGGACAAACUCGAGACGUUCCUCACCAGGUUGAUGGAGGCGGAUCAAGCGAAGGAGUACGUCCGUCAGUGCGAUAUUCGUCGAACGAAUCCGUGCGAUACCGCGUACGCCGUGUACGGGUGUUAUCUCGGGAAAAAGGCCAAGCUUUUCUGAGCGGAACCCUUGAGAUGUCUUGCAAUAAAGCGCGAACGAGGCGUGGUGUGUCUUACUUCGCAUGAGU